GCGUGUUUUUGUGCCACGCAGGCACCAUGACGUUGCAGCAUUGAGUGGGCGGGGUCAGUGCUCACAUUCUGGUAGCCACGUAGCUAAGCUGCUAACGUUAGCUGUGCAGCUAACGUCAGGGAGCAGAACCAUGGACCUGCCACAUCAUGGAUACAGAGCCUCUAAGUCGAGAGGUCGUUCAGCUCCCCCCAACACGGACUCUGUCCUGUUUGACGAUACAAGUUCUGCAGCACCAGCUAUGAACAGUCAAGGUUACUACACUCCUGGGUACAAUAUGGAAGCACCAGCCAGUGACAUGCAGGGGGGUGCUGCAGUGAACAACCUCUUUACCGACCCGAUGGCAAAUGCAGCCGUGAUGUAUGGCUCCUCCUUAGCAAACCAAGGAAAGGACAUGGUAAACAAAGAGAUCAGCAGGUACAUGUCCAUGAACAAGCUGAAAUACUUCUUUGCCGUUGAUACCAGAUAUGUCAUGAAAAAACUCUUGAUCCUCAUGUUCCCUUACACACAUCAGGACUGGGAAGUUCGUUACCACCGAGACACUCCCCUGCCACCCCGGCAGGAUGUAAAUGCCCCCGAUCUUUACAUUCCAACAAUGGCUUUCAUUACCUAUAUUUUACUGGCUGGGAUGGCCCCCGGCAUUCAGAAAAGGUUCAGUCCAGAAGUUCUUGGGCUGUGUGCCAGCACUGCCCUGGUGUGGGUCAUCAUCGAGGUCUUGGUGAUGCUCUUGAGUUUGUAUCUGUUGACUGUUCACAGCGACCUCUCCACCUUCGAUCUCAUUGCCUACAGUGGAUACAAAUAUGUUGGAAUGAUCUUCACAGUUUUGUGUGGCCUACUCUUUGGCAGUGAUGGUUAUUUCGUGGCCCUCGCCUGGUCCUCUUGUGCCCUUAUGUUCUUCAUUGUCCGAUCUCUGAAGAUGAAGAUCCUUCCCUCACUCUCCUCAGACUCCAUGGGAACUGGUUCAAGUGCCAAACCUCAGUUCCGUCUUUACAUCACUGUGGCCACUGCAGUGUUUCAGCCCAUUAUUAUUUACUGGUUAACCUCUCACUUGGUCAGGUGACCUUGAGGCCUAUGAUAACCCACAGUCCGGGUGUACUGGACCCUGGCUUUUAAGGAUUUGUACACCACCGGCCUUUACACACUUGUUUGUUAUUGAACUCAAAGCGUAAUAAAACAGUUUUGAGCUGCAGUGUGUGUAAAGCUUUUUACACGGACAUUAUCAGUGCAGAUGUUUUAAUGAUUUAACCAGAAAGCGAAACAGAGAAUGUCUCUGUGUUUUUUUUCUCUAUGCUCAGCAACACUGACAACUGCUUAAAUUAUCUCCACUGACCCUUAAUCAUGAGGGAGUUCAUUGAGGUUUCUAUAUGAGUGGGUUUCAGUUUGUGUUUUGUCUUUUGGAUGAUGUCAUGGUCCUUGCUGCUUUCCAGUUUUUAUACAUCACUGCCAGAAAACACCCACCCACAUCAUAGACAGAAACACAUAUACAGUAAUGUCACAGGAAACUUGUUUGGUAAUGUUGCUGCAUUACCUAGCCUUUCUUCUCAAUCCUGGUAAUUAUUUAUCUGCAUUUUAAAAGCAUGGCAAAAUUUGGAUUUUUGUAGAAAGAAUGAAAGAAAUAAAUACUUAGUGUUGUGUAUCUA